UAGAGAGAGUUCAGUGAGGCGAACGUACUGCUCGUCAUCAAAAAUGGCUGCGCCCGUAUAGAGAUUUAUUUUCUUUGUAUCACGUUGGUAAUUGUAAUGUAGAUUUGAAAUGCUUUUACAUACUUGAUUACAUUUCUUCUUAAUGCCGGGCACCAAUUUAUGCAUUGCAGGGUCUUGCUGUGCCUUUAAUGCAAUUUAAAGUUGUUUGUUUUCGAACUGGUUUGCUAAUGAGGCUAAUGUAGCUAACAUUAACAAUGACUAGCCAAUGACAAACGGGAAAUCUACUGCAACUAAAAGGGGAAGUGCCUCCGCAAAUUCCGCAAGAAAGCUGAGAUUUGCAACUUAGGACUUGCACGUACCAACGUACCAUCCAAAUGGAUUACAGCAUUAUUGAAAAAAACAGGGCUGAUUGUUUGUUUGAUUGCGAGUUAUGGCAAUUCCUGUCUUAAUUCCGGUGCAUUAUUUUUUGGAGGCCUGCUCACGCGUGGUUUCUAUAUGUGGAUACGAACAACCCUGAGUUGUUCGCCUUCGGAAUGGUUAAAUAUAUCAAAUUGAGCAAACGGGUUGGUGCAAAGGUGGUGGACUUCAAACAUGAAACAAAUGGAGACAUUGCACGGUCCAUAACAGCGACAGAGUUGGAGAUUUCCAGGAUAGAAGCAGAGAGGCCAACAAGUUGGAGGGAAUAUUCCUUCACAGAUGGCAACACGACAAAUGACUCCCAGAUUGAUUACCAGGUGAAGCAGUCCAAUGAGAGCGUUGAAAGUAAUGACUCUAUAAUUGAUGGGGUGUCUGAGAUGGACCAAACCCAGGCUUCUGGCAUUGGCCUGUUGGAUGAACCUCAGGGGAACCUGAUGGAUGUGUUGGUGCAGCCUGAAGACCAGAAUGAAGAGCUCGAGCAAACUCAUAGCACUCUGAUGGAGCUGUUCCCCCAAAUGAUCACUCAGGUGGGGAAGACCUCUCCCCGGCAGAGGUACACAAAGAUGAGACCAAUUGGCAGCAAGGCCGGGACCGGCAAGCCCUCACCCAGGGGGGAUUGCCACGACCUCUGCCAAUCUGGUGAUGAACACAACCUGAAAGCAGCAGUUAAAAGCUGCGUGGCCUUGAUCCAUUCCCCUGUGCAAAGACAUUCCAACCUGACUCAGCCGCUGCAGGUGUGGGGAGCAUCUUCUGAGAGUGAGGCAGACCGGGCGAGGAGAGAUGGCCAGUGGACGGAAUUUUCCAUGCAAAGCAAGGAGUCAAUGAACCAUACAUUCACUGUGUCCAAGGGUUCUCAUCCCUCUUCGCCUCUCUCUGGCAAACCUCAGGGACAAAGCUAUUCCACUGCAGUGCAAUCCCCAGCUCAGACCCGGAGGUUUAACAGAAGCAAUGGCCCUUAUGUGAUGGAGAGCUCAACUGUUCCCAAGACUCUGCAGAGCUUGUUAAAUACAAGGGGGAGGAACCAUAAUGGCUAUGAUGGAUCUCCCAAGGCUUUGGCAAGACAGAACCCUGUAUCAUCUUCUAUACAUGAGCAGCACUCCCGGUCACCAAAGAGAAGGCUCUACCAUCAGGAUUGUCACAGUCCCUCCCGGAUUAGAUCGGACUCCCUACAGUCGUCCCUCCGGCCAGGUGGAAUGUAUUCCCCUGCCAAAAUAGAAGAGGCGUUCAGAAAUCUUUACCACAAAGUUGUCUGUCUGGCCAAAGCUCCUCUCUCAAAAUGCUCUCCCUGUCGUUGCUCUGCUCGAAGAUUAGAGGCCGACAUUGGGAGCUCUUCUUCCUCUGCACCGUCACCUCUGGCCCUUUCCCCCCACCGCUCCAACCUGCGGAAGCGUGCCAGGGAGCUCGACUAGGACAGGUCUCCCACUUUCAAACACCCCUGGGGAUGGAACUCGUCCCCUGGCGCCAUUUCAAAGAGAGAAGACUGCAUCUGUAACAGUGCAGUCCUGAGUUGGUGUUCUACAUUAUUGUGUUGGAUUUUACGGUACUGCUCAUUCAAGUUAAAUUGUUUUCAUUGUUUAAGUAUUGUUUCCUGAAGAAAAAAUUAAAUCACUCCAUACAACUGUUA